CGGAACGGUCCGCUGCAUUCUGAGAGUCGUAGUCCGCGGCCCUGGCCCAAUGCACACGCGCAGUCUGAUCUGACGCCAUCGCGCCGAGCUCCUAGCGGCUGGAACGGGCCUGAGACCGCUACGCAAGGGUUGGGUCUGGCCGGCGGCAGCAGGGUGCUACGACGUGCUUUUCCCGAGCGGAUCGUAGCGGUCCUGCCAGUGCGCGCCGCGCAGCUUUGUUCGGAGGUCUGGAUUCUGGCUGAGAUCCAAGAGCAUCCCGCUGUCCCUGUUGUCUCCCUUGCAGCUGCAGUUACGUGAAUUCACCCUCCAUCACACGUGCUCUGUCCCUGGGUAGCCCUAUUUCCCAGUGCAGGUUUGGAAAGAUGUUGCCUUUGGAGAAAGCCUUUGCCACCCCCAGGAGCUCCCUGACUACCCCAGAACUGCCCAUGCUAGGAUCAAUAGCUGGAGACCAGCAGGAGGAACCCAAGACGGCCCUUGGGAAGGUUCCUACCAACCUUGAGUUCUCCCGGCUGAAUUUCCGGAACUUCAUCUACCAGGAAGCAGCUGGGCCCCACCAGGCCCUGACCCAGCUGUAUGAGCUGUGCCGCCAGUGGCUGCAGCCUGAGGUGCAUUCCAAGGAGGAGAUACUAGAGCUCCUGGUCCUGGAGCAGUUCCUAAGUGUCCUGCCUGACAAAGUACGGCCCUGGGUGGUGGCUCAGCAUCCUGAGAACUGCAAGAAGGCCGCCUCCCUGGUGAAGGACCUUACCAAGGCCCUAGAAGAGCCAGGUGGGCCCAUGAGGGCCAGUGAAGACCUGGAACCCAACGAGACCCAGGCACCUCCUGACACCUCUUGUCCCACUCCAGACCCUGUGCUUCUAGAACAGGGGUGCAUCGGCAACGAGAAGACUGAAGAGGCCAACCCCGCAAAGGUUGAACCGAAGAAGUUGACGUUCCCGGAGGUGCCUCUGUACCUGGGAGAAUGGGGCCACCUGGACCCGGCAGAGGAGAACCUGAAGGCUUUCCGGAAAUUGCUCCUGUGGGGGUAUCAGCUUGCCCAGCCUGACGAUACCUGCAGAGUGGAGACAGAGGAACUUCGUUUAGUUGAAACAGAACCCCCAGAAGGCGGCUUCUCAGGUGGCAGGAGGUGGCAGGAAGGCAGAGAGAACAUGUGUGAGACGCUGAUGGAGAGGCUCACGAGGGAAAUUCUUGUUUGCCCCCUAACGGGUGCUGCCCCGGAGGAAGAAGAGCAGAUGCAGAAGGCUCUGGAUCCUCAGGAGGGGGAUCCAGGCCCUGUCACCAUAGCCCACAGGCGGUCAGUAAUCCGAGAGCCAGUCCAGGACAGGGCCACAGCUGGGGAGAGCCUCACUGUGCCUGUAAUGCCAGGCACCUCGCACCAAGGCCUUGGAAGGAAGAGGCCCCACCCAAAGGAUGUGGGUGGGCAGGGCCCUGAGUGUGUCUCCAGUGUAAUCAACCACCGGCAAUACCACGUGAAGGAGCCUAAUGCAGCUGGCCGCAGUGCAGGGUCCCCAGCCAGGCAGGACCAGGAUACCUCUGCUGCAGGCUCCCCUGCUGCUGAUGAGCCUGGGGCAUCCCGAGGGAAGCCCUACGCAUGUAGCGAGUGUGGGGAAACCUUUGCGUGGAUCUCACAUUUCAUUGAUCAUCUUAGAAGCCACAGUGGCAGGAAGCUGUAUGCAUGCCAGGGCUGCUGGAAGACCUUCCACUUCAGUCUAGCCCUGGCUGAGCACCAGAAGACCCACGAGAAGGAGAAGAUCUACGUGUUGGGGAGGGCCCUGGGACCCCCCCCUGCUGCAUGUGGACCCCGUGCCAAUGGGAGGCUCAGUGGGUUCCCGGGGUGUGUGGCAGGUGAUGGUCCCGUGCAGUCUGCGGCGCAGAGAUGAGCCGCUUUGCUUUUAAGUGUCCCUAGUGGGCAACUUUGCCUGCCCAGGAUUCCCAAGGAUGUCAGGCUCCUUUGAAACCCUUGUGUGGCUUCUUGCAGUGUCUGUGUGGAUGUAAGUCUGUCUGUUUUCUAAAUGAGCUAAUGUGGCUAAAGCACUUAGAACCCAGGAAGGGCCCUCGGGAAGCCCUUCUCUCCUUGUAAACACACCCAUGCGGAUGCCCACAUGCAACCAUGAGUUGUCAGGUGUGAAAGAAGAUUCCCCUUUCUUCCAUAGCCAUUUUAGCACCACCCACACUUCGGAACAUUUGUCGUUGUGCAAAGUGUAGAGUUGCCUUAAAGUGUGUGAUCUGCCAGCUCUUGAAGUUAGCCUUGUUUCUCUCCCUCCUGUUCGAGCUCCCCAGGGCUUCUGUCCAAACUGUUUGGUCCUUUCAUAAACACCCAAUGUCAAGUUCACUUCUGAAUCCUCAAUAGCAAACUGUUCCCUGGUUAAUGCACGUGUCUACAUAUGUGGAGUGGCUAAACAAAGAUCACAAAAAUGCUUGGAGCCUACUAACAGUGUUUUCAAACCAUGUGUUUCAGCCCAUUAGUGAAUUGUGAAAUCAAAUUGAUGGCCACCGGCAUUACAAAACUGAAGUAGAAUUAAAUAGGUAAAAAUUCAUCACGUAGUAAAGGCAAAUAUUGUUUUGUGAAACUUUUCAGCCAUAUAUCUACCUGGUUACAAUGUAAGAUGUAUUUCUCACUCAGAGGCUGGAGGGUCAUGAUCAGACCAGGCUGAAAACACCAGUAAAGUUUGAUGAGAUGUGUCUGCCUGGGCAAGCAGAACUUUACUCCUUGGGCUACAUAAGGUGAUCUUGAUUUUUGCAUCUAAUCUCAGAUUACAGCAUAGUUUCUGUUGCCUGAGCAUAAACUUUUAACUGCUUCUUGUAGAUUAAACUGGUGCCUCUUUCUGUCAUGGUGUUUGAGCAGGCAGUCUGUUACAAUGAUGCCCAAAUCACAGAAGUUUAACAUAAUAAAGGAUUUAUUUCUUGCAUUCACA